AUGAGACACUUUCCCCCCCAGGGGCCCCCGCGAUACCCACCAGCGCCUGGGGGGCCCCCUUUGGGGGCCUCCUGGAAGGGUCCUGCGCCCUUGGAGGCCCCUUUGAAGUCAACGGCCCCCUUGGGGGCUCCUUGGAAGGGAGGGGGGCCCUUGGGGGCCCCCUGGAAAGGGGGACCCUCUGUUGGGGGGCCCCUGUCCUUUUGGGUUUUAGGGUUUGCGUGUUUGUCUUUGCUGCCACUCUCCGUGUCUGUGCUGCUGCCUAAAGCUGCAGGGGGCCCCCCCAAAGAACCCUCAAUGCUUGCUGCAGUUUUCAAAAGGGGAGGGGGCCCCAGGGGGCCCCCUAUGGCAUACUGCUGCGGCGCCCAGAGGCUGCAUCUCUUGCUGCUGCAGAAGCAGCAGCGGCGCUGUGGGCAGCUUGCUGCAGCAGCAACAGCAGCAGCAGCAUCGGCUCAAGUUUUCCCCAACGGCCAGGAGGUCUCCGCUGCUCUCUCAUCACCUAUCGGAGUAUGUCGGGAGCUGCAGCAGCAACAGCAACAGCAGCAACAGCAGCAGCAGCAGCAACAGCAACAGCAGCAACAGCAGCAGCAGCAGAAAAAGAUGCGAAAUCUGCACGUAGCAGCAAAACGUGAGUGUGAGACGAGCGCUGCUAACACUCAGGCCAGCAGCAGCAACGGCAGCUACGAACCAACCAGCCGCAGCCACACCAACGGUAGCAGCAACAGCAGCAGCAACAGCAGUAGCAGCAGCAGCAGCAGCAACAGCGUAGAGCUCGUCGAUAAAGAUGCCUUCGGGGUGUACAUACACCUGCCGUUCUGUCUGCGCCGGUGCCAUUUUUGUGCCUUCCCGAUCGCGCUGCUGCCGAGCAGCAGCAAAGCAGCAGCAGCAGCAGCACAGUACCUCCCACUGCUGCAGCAGGAGAUGGCAGCAGAGUUCGGAGCUUUUCUACAGGCGCAUAAACGCCGCGUGCAGCAGUUGCGGCAGCUGCUGCAGCAGCAUCAGCAGCAGGAGCAGCAGCAAGGUCAGGAGCAGCAGGACCCGCGGCAGUGGGAACAGCAGCAGCAGAAACGGCAACAGCAAGGAAGCCUGCUGCUCGACGAUGCGAAGGAGCUGCUGCUGCAGGCGUUGCUUCCAACGGCAGCCCUCAACGCCGCAGCCAGCUGCAGUGUAAACAGCUCUGCAGCAGCUGCAGCAGCAGGUCCAGCAGCAGCUGCUGCCGCUGUUCCAGCAGCAGACACAGAGGUUGUUGCUGGUGAUUCUGCAGCAGCAGCAGCAGCAGCGCCUGCCAAGCGGCUGCUGCGGAGUGUUUACUUUGGAGGGGGGACGCCGUCGCUGAUGCCUCCGGAAAUUCUGCAGCAGCUGCUGCAGCAGAUUAAGGCCUUUGAGGCAGAACUGCAGCGGCUGCUGCAGCAGCAGCAGCAUCUACGGGACGCCCUGCAGCAGCUGCAGCAGCCUGCUCAGGGUGAGGCGAGGCAUUUGCGUCAUCCGCAGCAACAGCAGCAGCAGCAGCAGCAGCAGAGAAAGUGCGAGCAGGAGCCAGAGGUGUCUAUUGAGAUAUACCCAGGUACACUAGACGCAGAGCGGCUGCAGGCGUACCUGUCGGUGGGGGUGAAUCGCUUCUCUUUGGGUGUACAGACACUCCACGAGCCAACUCUAAAGGUGCUGGGAAGGCUUCCCGCCAGCAUCGCGAGCACCAGCAGCAGCAGCAGCAGCAGCAAACGAGCGCCUAGCCACGUCCGCGACAGCCUGCAUGCGCUGCGGCUGCUGCGCGCCUUCAAGCUGCUGCCCCGGACCUCUGUGGAUCUGAUUUUCAGUGUACAGACACCCCAGCAGCUGCUCAGGGACUUGCGGGUUUUCGCCAGUCUUCCUGUUGGUCAUGUUUCCCUUUAUGAGCUCCAAUUCCUGCAGCAGCAGCACCAGCAGCAGCAGCAGCAGCGGCAGCAGCUGAAGCAGCGAAGCGGUAAUGAACAGCAGCAGUGGCAGCACUGGCUGCAGCAAGACAGAGAAAGCAGUGGCAGACACAGCCGCAGCAGCACUGUUUGGAAGAGCGGCCGCUGUAGCACGACCAGCAGCAGCAACAGCAAAAGCAGCAGCAGCAGCAGCAGCAGCAGCAGCAGCGCAUUACUUCUGGAGAAGCUGGGUUAUGAACAUUACGAGGUUUCGUCUUUUGCCCGGAGAUGUCUGUACACCCCAGGGGCCAAAACAGCUGCUGGCGGAGAUGCUGUUGCCGGGGGGCCGCAGCAGCUAGGGCUUAGCAGCAGCGCCAACAGCAGCAUCAGCAGCAGCAGCAACGACAGCAGCGCCAGCAGCAGCAGCAGCUGCAGCUGCUGCUCCCGCUGCGUGCACUCGCAGCUCUACUGGGGAGGCGGGACUGUCUUUGCUUUUGGUCUUGGUGCUUCUUCUUUCGUCCGAGGCAGCAGGCGAACCAACCCCAAAAGUCUCGCUGCUUACAAAGCAUUCGUGCAGGGGGCCCCCCAAGAAGGCUCAGGGGGCCCCCAGAAAGGGUCAGAGGCGCGGGCCCCCUCAAGGCACUCUGGAGAAGAAGGCGCAGAAAGUCUCACGCAGUGGACAUACACCCGAAUACAGGAACUGGUGAUGCUGGGCCUGCGAACUUCAAAUGGGAUUGAUUUGCUGCAUCUCCUGGAACUCUCAGAUGCAGCAGCAGCAGCAGCAGCAAAAAAGGAACAGCUGCUCGGUGAAAACGCCGUUCAGGGCCUGCUGCUGCUUCUGGCGCAAAGAAAAGCUCCACUUGACCAGCUGCUGCGCUGCACAACAGUUUUUGCUGACAGCGAGGGGCAGCAGCUACCAGCUGCUGCAGCAGCGCGAAAUGCAGCAAAUGCUACAGCAGCCACAGGAGAUGGGGACGGGGUGCUGCUGCUGCUGCAGCAGGUGCUGCCAUCAGUGCUGCUUGGCGCUGCUGCGUUCCUACGGCGUCCGGGAGUAGCCGACAUUCAAGUGUUCGUACACCCGGGCGGCGAAGCUGGCCUUCACAGCCGCAGCAGCAGCCCCACAACUGAUUCUUGCUGCAGCUUCCAUGACGCAUGCACUUCUUUUCAAAAAGAGCUGGCAGCAGAGGGCCUUGAGCCGCUGGGCUCGGGGGUACAGGGAAGGUGGCAGCUGCGGAUACACCCCAACGACUCAGAUGCAAAAAUACUUUCAAAGGCAACGCGGCUGCUCAGAUUCUUAAAGAGUCGCAGCACCGCAGUCAGCAGCAGCAGCAGCAGCAGCAGCAGCAAAGGGGGAGCGCAGCUGGGCUGCCGCUUGGCGUUGCUGGCCCCCGACGGUCUUCUCCUAAGUGACGCAAUAUCAAGAGACAUAUUUCUGCAGCUAGAUGAUGCAUGCGAACUGUUGCAGCCCCAACUGCAGGGCAGCGCCUAA